AUGGAUAUGGACAAGACAGAGAGGUCUUCGGACCAGGUCGAGGACGUCAACGCCGAUAAGCUAAGCCAGCAUGGCGGCAACCUCAUCAUGCCAGCCAGCUUGGCGGCCUUGAGUCAGGAGGAGUAUGAGAGAAUUGGCAAGAAGGCGACGUUGAAAAUGGACUUGGUGAUCAUGCCCAUCAUGGUCAUCAUGUACAUCCUUAACUACCUCGACCGCCAGAACAUUGCCAGCGCAAAGCUCGCCGACAUCACCACAGACCUGAACCUGAGCCAAGUCGAGUACCAGACAACCGUCAGCAUUCUGUUUGUUGGCUAUAUUCUCAUGCAAGUUCCCUCGAACAUGAUUGUCGGCAAAAUCAAGUGGCCCGGGGCGUACAUCUGCUGUGGCAUGGCCGCAUGGGGUGUUAUUUCUUCCCUCAUGGCCGUGGUGCACAACUACGAAGGCCUACUGAUGGCGCGCUUCUUCCUUGGCUUCGUUGAGGCCAUCUUCUUUCCUGGCGCACUAUACUUCCUGUCCCUGUUCUAUAACCGAAAGCAAUUUGCCUUGCGGACUGCCAUCCUCUAUUCUGGUUCCCAGCUGGGCAAUGCGUUCGGCGGUCUCUUCGCCAUCGCCAUCCUGAACCUAGAUGGUGCACACGGACUUGCAGGUUGGCGUUGGCUCUUCCUCGUAGAGGGCGUCAUCACCGUCGGCUUGGCCAUUCCGUUCGCAUGCAUCCUGCCCAAUUCCAACAAGAAGAUUCCCACUCUGACCCAACUGGAGUGCGAAUGGGUGCAGUACAACUUCGCUGCAGAUCAGGGCCAGGAAGAUAAUUCCAGCGAAGUCACCGCUAUGAAGGGUUUCAUGAUGGCCGUCACGGAUCCAAAGACCUGGAUGCUCAUGGGAGUCCUUUACUCUGUUAGAGAAGUUUUUGGCACACCAGGAACAACCUUGCUAACUCACCCGGACCAUCAGACCUACAUCGUCGGCGCCGUCGCAAACUUCUUCCCCUCCGUCGUCGGCGGCCUCGGCUUCUCCCGCACAAUGACCUACGCCCUCACCGCGCCCCCCUUCCUACUUUGCGUCAUCACCAUGCUCCUAAACGGCUUCCACUCAGACCGCAAACAAGAACGUUUCCUCCAUAUCGUCAUCCCCCUAUGCAUCACCCUCGUCGCCAACAUCAUCGCCGUCUCAACAACCAACACGGCAGCACGCUACGUUGCCAUGAUGCUUCUCCCCGGUUCUUUCUACGCUGCCGCGGUGGUCGUGCUCUCUUGGAUCACUGGUAGUCUAGCUCAACCUUCGGUCAAGCGUGCGAGUGCCAUUGCCCUUAUCAACGCCAUGUGUAACACGCCGAAUAUCUGGGGUAGUUAUCUGUAUUAUGGUGCGCCGAGAUACGUUACGGCGUUUAUUGUGAAUAUUGCGGCGACAGGUUUGGCGAUUGGGUUCGCUACGGUGACAAGGAUUUGGUUGAGAAGGUUGAAUGCCAAGUUGGACCGGGGCGAGGACACGGGGAAGCAUGGACCGACGCAGGCGCAGGUCGCUGGAGGGUUCAGAUAUCUCAUUUGA